AUGGGACAAGUAAAAGCUUCCGCGAGCUUGCGCCAACUCAACGAGCAAGCCGCAAAGAUCAAAAUAGUCUCCGAGAGACAAUGCCUUGCACAAGUCUACCAACAAGAAAUCCCACAAGACGAUCAGGAUGAGCUGAAUAUGAUGUCAAAGAAGACGCCACCUGAAGUCGACAUUGUGGGGCUCAAGAGAAACGCGGAACAAAGACAUCUUGGAAAAGCCGAUGAUGGGAGAGUUGUGUUAAGCAGCGGGGCUUCAAUCAACUUGCAGAGACAAAAGCCUGGGGCACGACAAUCUACCAUCUGCGUAGGCAGACUCGAUGCACAACCGAUGACAUCAACUGGAAGACCGACAACUCGAAUUCACCAUCACGCGAGUUGGCAAACGAGCCGUCGACAUUCCACAAUCAACGACCCGCAAAAGUUCGGCUCGAACGCAGGGCAACAACAAAUUCCGGCACUCAACGCUCAAAUGGAUUUGCUUGGAAGGAAAAGCAAGAAAAAGCAGAAGACACUCUCGUCUAAGUACCGCGUUUCCAGCAUGCGCCUGCUAUAUGUGCAAAUAUUGGAAGAGAAGAUCGCUGAGACACCGAGAGCAGCUUCUGCGAAAUCCAAGCAAGCGGGGGGUUGCGGACAAAGAACGCUCAAAAGGACUCAAUGGCAACUCGAACAAGCCGAGCAACUCUUCACUGAAGGCCGUGUCGUGGUUGAUGAGCUGAAUGCUUCUCGAGAAACAACUCACCAAUCCUCGGAGACCAGAAGAGCCUCGCGCAACAACAGCCGAGAAGACGCCGAAUUGAAGGUCGAAAGGAGCAAACACGAUGAUUAUAGGGCCGGAGCCAAGCGAUUCGCUCGCUCGACUCAUCAUCGACCUGCCCCAAGAGCAAGGAAGGGCGGGCUAGGAGGCAAAGCGAGAACAAAGCCACCUGUUGCCGAAACCGACAACCGACCCAACCGGUACCUGCGCGCGGUUGCUCGACAUCGCAGCCUGUGCCUGGCGGGCUCAACCUCAACGAGUGGCCGCAAAGUUUGCGCUCGCGAUUUCUUCCACACACCGAGUAAACAAGUGAAAGAACGCGAAAAGGCCGAGCAAACACAGAAAGCACGCCUGGAUGCAAACUCGGCGGCGCCGAGAUGCACUUCGACAACCCGCUGGACCCAGUCAAAUAUGGUCGAGCAUCAAAUAACUGUUGGGGGGGCAACCGAACCCGUCUCGAAGCACUUCACCACAGCCGGCGACAGGGAUCACUCUGCUUCACAACCAUUUGCCGUCGGCAAAGAAGAUCUUGGAAAAGCUGAUGAUGAGGAGCUCGUGUUGCCGUUUUCUGGCCAAUCAACUUCCUUGCCGGUUAUCAAAGCCUGUAUUGCAUCUAUCAAUCCAACAUCUUCGCGGAGUAGAACUGAUAAACAAAACGACGACAUCAACCUCCCAGAAGAUCGACAACUGAAUCAAUUCAUCAAUGAGUUGGCAAACGAGGUGCAAGCUGGGAGACCAACGAGGCGCCGUUUCAACGACCUUUUCCCAUUGGGGCAGAAAUCG